AAGUGGAGACAUACCAGAUUGAGCUGAAAAUCCAGUCAGCGAUCGAAUAUGUCAGUUUGAAUAGAUAUGGAGCCAUUCUGGAUAUAUGGACAACAGAACCCUCAAGAUGUAAGUAUUGGAUAUACUGCAAGUGAAUACAAUGUUAAUUGGCCUACAUUACGUAUGGACAUAGAAAAUCAUAUUCUGAAUUAUUUACUUGGCACUGAAUUAUUUACUCAGGCACUGUCCUGAAAGGGGAACAAUUUUAUUUUUUUGCAAGCUGCAAGUCUACUGCAGCUGAAAUUUUAGCCAGCUCAAUCAACCACAUUAAAUCAACUUCACAAUAGAAACUGAAAGAAAGCCGUCUUCCUCUUUCUGGGAGACAGCUGAGGAUCAGUCGGGAUGUCAGGUUCUGUGAGAAGUCUGCCGUUGUAGAACACUGGCACUGCUCAAAUGUUGGAAAAUCAGGAAAGAGGGUGUGGGGCAGGUAGGGCUGAUCUCAGGCUGGUGCUCCUCGGGGGCAGGAAUUCUGGAAAGAGCUCUGCAGGAAACACCAUCCUGAGGAGAAGCCUGUUUGAAAUCGACAAAAUGAACAGCGGAUGUAGGAUGGGGCAGGGGAAGGUUGCAGGCAAGAAAGUCACUGUGGUUGACACUCCAGGCUGGAACUAUUUCACGGCCGCCAUCCCAAAGGAGAUCAAACAGGAGACAGAGCGCAGCGUGUCCUUGUGCUCCCCAGGGCCCCACGCCUUCCUCCUGACCAUCCCUGUGGGUUCAGACGUAAGGCUGAAGAGACUGGACGAGCAUAUGCUUCUACUCGGGGACAUUGUUUGGAGAUACACACUGGUGCUGUUCACCUGUGGGGACAGGCUGGCUGGCUCUACAGUAGAGGAGUACAUUGUCAGCAUAGGUGGUGGUUUGCAGAGGCUGCUCGGACAAUGUGAGAACAGGUACCACGUACUCAAUAACUUAAACAUGGGAGAUGAAACUCAGGUUACAGAGCUCCUGGAACAGGUAAGAAAAAUGAGCUCGAACUGUUCUCGAUUCUACAGAUGUGGGAUAUACUGGCAGUUUGAACCAGACAUCCAGCAAAAGCAUGCACGGGAACCAAGGCAGCAAGGAACUGAGAGAAACAAGAGAGAGGAACAGAAUUGGAGUUGCAGAAACCAAGGAGGGAAGCAGAAUCGUAUUGAGGUUGGCCAGAGAGGAGAACAGAACCAGAGUGAGAGAGACCAGGUACAGAAUACCAGCAACUGUGGAAAAGUGCCUAAGAGCAAAGGAACAACAGAAACCAGCCCUCCUCCUAUCUUGAACUUGUUAAUUGCAACGCUCACAGGGACUCUGCAAACAAUGUCCACGAGGGAGGACGAGAGGAGGGCGGGGACAAGGGGAGCACAGGCAGAAAGAGAGGAACCAAAAGAACGAAUGGAGAGUGUGGAGAGGGAGAAGGAGGCACACCUAAUGCCCCCUCACAUGCCCAACAAGCUUACUUUGAGCGCACCAGCGAGACACACACAGGUGCUGCAGCAGCUGGGAGAGAUGGCAGUGCAGCUUGGCGAGGUCACAGAGACGCUCAGACUGACAUGUGAGGAGCAGGCCAGGGAGGAGGCAGAGAGCCACAGAGACGCCGCGCUGCAGCUCAAUGCUUUAAGAACGCAGUCUUGCUGCAGCUGCACAGGAGCACACCGCAGCUCUGACAGAGAGAGACCGGGAGAGAGAAAAACUGCAGGCCGAGAGAGGCUGAGAGAGGCACCGAGGAGAAGGACAGGAGAUGGAGAGACUAGAGAGAGCCCGGGAAGACAGAGUGAGACUGAGAGAAGCACCGGGAAGGACAGAGAUGGAGCUGAGACAGAGCACGCGGAGAGACAGAGAUGA